UUUCUUUCCAGUUUUUGGGGGACUUUUCAUCCAUUUAGAACUAAAACCCAGAACCCAAAUGGAAGCUAAUUCGAGAAGAUUAAUGGGUUUAGAGAAGAAGAAAAAAAUAGAGGAAGAAUGGAACAACAUUUACAGCUCUAAACACCAACUAUCUUGUGCUGAUUUUCCCUCCCACUUCGUAUUCGGUGUCGCCACUUCUGCUUAUCAGGUUGAAGGUGGAAGCAAAGAGGGAGGAAAGGGUCUUAGUAUAUGGGAUUCUUUUUCACAUACUCAAGACAAAAUAUGUGAUGGAAGCACUGGGGAUGUGGCUGUUGAUCAGUUCCAUCGCUACAAGGAAGAUAUUGAGCUCAUAUCCAAGUUGGGAUUUAAGGCUUAUCGUUUUUCAAUAUCGUGGAGUCGCAUCUUUCCUGGUAUGAAGCUUUUCAUUUCUUUUUUUGAUAACGGUGGUUUGCGAGUCAGUUGUGCAAAGUUUCAGUUACUAGCUUGCAAGUUUCAGAAAGCCUUUCUCUUUUCUUUCUUAAAUUUUAUGUUCAGUCUAACCGUGCAAGUUUCUUGCUUUUUCAUUUUUGGUUGUGAGCAAUCUCUGUUGAUAUCAACUGCUCUCCCAGAUGGUUUGGGGACCAAAAUCAACCAUGAAGGCAUAAAGUACUACAAUGAUAUUAUUGAUGCACUACUUGAGAGGGGCAUUGAGCCUUGUAUAACAUUGUAUCAUUGGGAUCUCCCUUUGAAUCUUGAGGAAUCUUGUGGAGGCUGGUUAGAUGAACAAACUGUAAAAUAUUUUGCCAUCUAUGCAGAGACUUGCUUUGCUAGCUUUGGCAAUAGAGUGAAGAAGUGGAUUACAAUUAAUGAACCUCUUCAGACAGCUGUGAAUGGAUAUUGUACUGGUAUACAUGCCCCUGGAAGAAGUGAAAGUUCUUCUACUGAACCAUUCUUGGCAGCACACAAUCAGCUGUUGGCACAUGCAGAAGCUGUUUCCAUCUAUAGGAAUAAAUUUAAGGAUGAGCAAGGAGGGGAAAUAGGUCUGGUGGUGGAUUGUGAAUGGCCUGAGCCUUUAUCGGAUAAUUUAGAGGACAAAGCUGCUGCAACAAGGCGACUGGAUUUUCAGCUUGGAUGGUAUCUGGAUCCAAUAUUCUUUGGAGAUUAUCCUGAAAGCAUGCGUGAAAGACUUGGUGAUAGGCUUCCAAAAUUUUCACAGCGAGACAGGGAGUUGCUAAAACAUUCGUUGGACUUCAUUGGUCUGAAUCACUAUACUUCAAAAUUUGUUGGUCAUGCAGCAAAUAGUCUUGAAGAGAAUGACUUCUAUAAAAUACAGGAUGUAGAGAUAAUUGCUGAAUGGGAAGGAGGCGAGGUGAUUGGUGAGAAAGCGGCAUCAUCAUGGCUUUGCAUAGUUCCUUGGGGAAUUCGGAAAGUUCUUAAUUACAUUGCUGAGAGAUAUGGCAAUCCACCAGUGUAUAUCACUGAGAAUGGUAUGGACGAUGAAGAUGAUGACAUAUCUCCUCUCCAUGAGAUGUUGGAUGAUAAAUCAAGAGUUUCUUACUUCAAGGCGUACCUUGCUGCUAUUCAUCAGGCAAUUUUGGAUGGUGCUAAUGUGAGGGGUUAUUUUGCGUGGUCAUUGCUGGAUAAUUUCGAGUGGAAUCUUGGUUAUACAAAACGCUUCGGUCUGAUAUACGUGGACUUCAAGAAUGGGCUAACUCGGCAUCUGAAAUCUUCUGCUUACUGGUUCAUGAGAUUCUUUAAAGGUGGACAAGUAAAACAUGGGAAAGAAGAUUAAUUAAACUUCUGGUGUUAUGAAGUUAUCAGCUCAUGUAUUUUCAUCUCUCUUUUUUCUAGUGACUGACUCUCUCUAUACUGCUUUUAAGGCUUUUAUAUGAAAAACUUUUAUCUUUCUUGUAAGAUAGGUGUAAUUUGUUAGAAUAUAUGAAAAUAUAUUCAGA